AUGCACGCCCGCCGCGGCCUGCGCCACAUGCGUGACCCAGCGGCUGGCUCGCGGCGCCGCCUCUUCUCCUCCGCGUUCGGCGACGAAGCUUCCUCCAGCAACCCUGACGAAGACUACAUCGGAUUCGACGAUUUCGUCUCCGGGCCGACCGCUCCCGCUUCCGCGCAGCUCAAGGCAUUGUUGGAUAUUAAAGCCGCCUGGAAGAGCGGCUUCUACGCAGCUUCCACGUGGAAGGAGGGCAGUACGGACACAUCCGCGUGGGAGGGCCUCGAUAUUGACGACUCUGGGAAUGUCGUCAGCAUGCGGCUGGUCUCCGCGGGCGUCGAAGGCCCGCUGCCCGCGGCAUUCGCUGCACUGACGGCCCUCACGUCUCUAGAUCUCCGCCAAAAUAAGCUGACCGGCGAGAUUCCCCGCGGUGUUUUUUCCAAGAUGCCGUACCUCAAGGAGUUUUACGUAGCCGAUAACAAGCUCUCGGGGCUGUUUCCGUGGAGACAAAUAUUCGGGCAGGCGAAUUCCCCGCUGCAAAUGUUCGAAAUCGACGGCAACGCUUUCACUGGUGGCAUUCCCAACACCCUCUUCCAGAACUCGCCGAAUCUCCAAACUUUCACAGCUAGCGGCAACAAGUUCACCGGGCAGAUGCCUACUGGUUUGUCGGGCUGCCCGCUUCUUUCGGUCAUCGAUUUGUCGGACAACCAGCUGACCGGCCCAAUUCCGUCCGCGUUUGGCCGGAUGGACGGGCUCGAAGUGUUCGACGUCGGCAACAACCUGCUGACCGGUUACCUGCCGGCAACCUUCGGACUCUCUGCAACUCUCAUGAAUUUCGAUGUUAGCAACAACAAGCUGAGCGGUUACCUCCCCGCAUCGCUGGCCAAUCUCGGCCAAUCGCUGCGGGCCUUCAAAGUGGCGAACAACUACUUUACUGGCGUUUUGCCCAAGUUCCCAAACCUCGGGAGGGGAUGCGGCCCCAAGGGCUCCGACGCUGUUUCCUGUUACAGGUUCUCAAGCAUCAUUGAUUUGAGCAACAACUACUUUUUCGGAAAAGAUGAGAUGACCAUCCAGGCGGCCAAUUGGACAGGCACGCCCAAGACCGCCGUAAUCUGCCCAGGCAAAGACUUUCCGAAUGACAUUUCUGUUCAGGGAAAUUGCUUGGUGUCCACUGCGACCUGCACAGCCAAGUCGCAGAGGGCUGCUGCGCAAUGCACUGCGUUCUGUGGGACAGGCGCAGGUUCUCCUCAGUGCGGAGGCGGGGGUGUCUGUUUCUGGGAUGCAGCUAGUGGUAAGGCGGCAUGCCGGUGCAAGGAGGGCUUCGUGAGCACUGAAUUUCCCUUUCCGCAACCUCAUUUCCGCCCGAAAUCCCCUUUUCCGCAACCUCUCGCCUUACCCAUUCCUGCUCCUAUUGCCUCCCGGUUCAAAUUCUUCUUUCGCCUCCCCGCGCGUGCUCCUCUCGCAUCCCCUCGCUCUCCUCUCGCUUUCCCCGCCCGGCCUCCUCACGCCUCCCCGCGCGCUCGACUCUCGCCUCCAAGCGCGGCCUCUUCUCGCCUUGCCGCGCGUUCUCCUCUCGCCUCCCCGCGCCUGCUCUUUUUCGCCUCCCCGCGCCUGCUCUUCUCGCCUCCCCGCACCUGCUCCUCUCGCCUCCCCGCGCGCGCGAUUUUCGCCUCCCCGCGCUCUCCUCUCGCCUCCCCGCGCGUCCCACCUCCACACGUGUCCUCCUCUCGCCUUCCCGCACAUGCGCAUCUAGCCUGCGUCGUCGGCUUCACCCUGCCUCCCCUCGCUGCCUCUCCGCGUCUCGCGGCGGCCUCCCAAAGCGAGCUGCACUCGAAUAAGGCUCUUCUCCUCCUCUCACCACGCCUUCUCCUCCUCUCACCACGCCUUCUCCUCCUCUCACCACGCCUUCUCCUCCUCUCACCACGCCUUCUCCUCCUCUCACCACGCCUUCUCCUCCUCUCACCACGCCUUCUCCUCCUCUCACCACGCCUUCUCCUCUCACCACGCCUUCUCCUCCUCUCACCACGCCUUCUCCUCCUCUCACCAUGCCUUCUCCUCCUCCCGCCACCCCCUCUCCUCCUCCCACUAUGCCUUCUCCCCCUCCCGCCGUGCCCUAUCGUCCUCACGCCAUGCCUUCUCCUCCUCUCGCCAUGCCUUCUCCUCUCGCCAUGCCUUCUCCUCCUCUCACCAUGCCUUCUCCUCCUCUCACCACGCCUUCUCCUCCUCCCACCAUGCCUUCUCCUCAUCCCACCAUGCCUCCUCCCCCUCCCGCCGUGCCUUCUCGUCCUCUUGCCACUCCUCCUCUCCUGCUUCCCACCAUUUCCCCGCCUGCUUCCCCUAUUUUCCCCCUCUGCUCCUCUUUCCCCAUCUUCUCAACUUUCCCACCUCCGCUCUUUUUUCCCCUCUGCUUCUCUUCUCCCCCUCUUCUCCUCUUUUCCCUCACUGCUCCUCUUUCCCCCCUGUGCUCCUCUUUCCCCCCCCUACUCCACUUUCCCCCUCUGCUCCUCUUUCCCUCUCUGCUCCUCUUUUUCCCGUCUGCUCCUCUUGUCCCCCUCGGCUCAUCUUUCCCCCCUCUGCUCAUCCUUUUCCUUACUGCACCUCUUUCCACCCACUGCUCCUCUUUUCCCCCUCUGCUCCCGUUUCCCCCCCCCCGCUCUCAGUUUUCCCCCCCUACUCCCCUUACCCUCUCUGAUCCUCUUUUCCCCCUCAAAUCCUCCUUCCCAUCCGCACCUCCCCCGUCCCCUCUUAUUCCUCUCCCUUCCCCGCCAGCUCACUCACCCCUUUCUUCUUUUGCUUCUCAGCCGCCACUCUUCUCUCCACACCAUGCUCGUCAUGCCAUAUUCCCUUCCCGCCAUGCCAUUUUCCCUGGCGGUGAAGGCCGUGAGAGUGCUCUGCCUACAGGUGGCUGAUGCUUUCUCUCGAUCGACAUGGCGCAAGGUUUGGGGCCCCACUAUAUACCGUUGCGACACCACAACAGAGGUCACAUGA